AUGACAUUCAGACGGUCGCAAUGGAUCAUACCCCGACACAGCAUCCGACGGCUUUGCCUUAGGUCUAUAUCGACCCAUCCAACCAAGAGGCCAAGCCAACCUCAAUACGUAUGCUCCAUUGAUGCGGAACCACUACAUCGCUACCGAAAAGGUGGCUAUCACCCAGUUGCCUUAGGGGACACUCUUAAAGACGGAAGAUAUAAGGUGUUGCACAAGAUAGGCUGGGGAGGGUACUCAACGGUUUGGGCGACGAGAGACCGAAAGGAAGGGAUUUAUGUCGCUGUCAAAGUCUCCGUCGCAGAAGACAAUCGUCACAUGGAGUCACGGAUCACAAGGCAGUUGACAUCUUGCAAUCCACCCUCAAGUCAUACGGUGCAUCUACUCGAUGUUUUUGAAUUGAAUGGCCCAAAUGGAUUACAUGAAUGUGUGGUCUAUGAGCUCCUAGGUCCCAACGUCCAGGAUACAAUUGAUACGCACUUCCACGGGAGACUCCCUGGCAAGCUUGCCAAAUCGAUUGCAAAACAGAGUCUGGUUGGACUUGAUCACAUACAUCAACACGGUAUUGGCCAUGGAGAUCUGCAUACUCGCAAUCUAGUCUUCACUUUGCCUGACAUGAAUCAUAUUCCUGAAGAUAAAUUCAUCGAGAUGCUAGGAGCUCCGGAAAUUGGCUUGAUACGCAGAAAAGAUGGGAAAAGCCUGGAUCUAGAGCCCGGUAUACCCAAGUAUCUGGUGAGGUCUACUGCAUAUCAGCCACGUUCUUGGAUCUCGACCCCGUCCAUCAAGAUAAUCGACUUUGGCGAAUCGUUCACGAGCACCGAAUCUCCGAAAACACUCCAUACGCCUCUUUCUGUACGAGCACCUGAAGUUAUAUUCCAAGAUCGGAUCGACUAUCGUGUUGACUUGUGGAGUAUGGGAUGUAUGUUAUUUGAAUUGUUUACCGGCCAGCCACCUUUUGAUUCAUAUUUCACCACGCCAACUAUCCUGGUCAGUCAAAUGCGGGAUAUGGCCAGUGACGACCUGCCUGGAAGAUGGCACUGUAUGUGGAAUGAGAUGAACGCAGGGGCUAACAAGACCUUCGAGCCGGGACCCAAUUUACAAGAGUGGCUGGAGGAGGUGUACUUCGAUGGCACGCUGACACCGGAUCUUACUGCAGAGGAUAUUGUGAGACUGGGACAAAUCAUUGCAAAGUUGUUGAGAUUUGAGACGAGCACUAGAGCAUCGGCCGGAAAAGUCCUGGAUGACCUUUGGUUUCAUGAUUGA